CAGUAGAGAAGACAAAAGAAAAAGGAGAAAUUGUUAGAUACGGUCCGGUGCAAUGAGUAUAUAUAUAUACAUUAUUGUAUAAUAUCUUCCCAUUGCUUCCUUAAUCUCAUCACUGUUACUCUCUUCCCUGCCCAUCAAUUUCCACUGCCCCUUUUUUCUUCGCGCUCGGUGUGGCGUCUACGCCGUCUCAUGGCCGUUCCAACCACCUCCUCUACCUCCACCACCAUCAGCGAUCUCCCUGAUGUCAUUUUAUCGAACAUUUUUGCUUCCAUAUCCGACACUCGAACACGAAACUCUCUUUCUCUAGUGAACCGCAAGUUCUUAACUCUUGAGAGAGCCACGCGCACCUCCCUUACGCUCCGGGGCAACGCGCGCGACUUUUAUAUGAUUCCGACUUGUUUCAGAUCCGUCACUCACCUAGACCUUUCUCUACUCUCUCCAUGGGGUCACUCUUUGCUCGCUUCCUCGCCGCUUUCCGAUCCUUUCCUCCUGGCGCACCGCCUCGGCGUUGCGUUUCCGCUUGUUACGUCACUAACGGUUUACGCUCGAUCUCCGUCCACUUUGCAGAUCCUCCUCCUUCAGUGGCCGCGAUUGUGCUCAGUGAAGCUCGUCCGGUGGCAUCAACGACCGUCGUCGCCUUAUCUGGGAGCGGAUAUUGCUCCGUUGUUCGAGCAAUGUGAAGGGCUUACUUGUCUGGAUCUCUCGAAUUUCUACUACUGGUCGGAGGAUCUUCCUCCGGUUCUCCAAGCGUAUCCUGAUGUUUCCAAGUCCUUGACAUGCUUGGAUCUGCUCACGGUUUCAUUAACUGAUGGAUUUAAGGCACACGAGAUUCGAGCAAUCACUGCUGCUUGUUCAAAUCUCACCAAGUUUCUGGUUGCUUGCAUGUUUGAUCCGAGUUAUAUUGGAUUCAUUGGAGACGAGACGUUGCUCGCGAUCGCAGCGAAUUGUCCCAAGUUAUCGGUUCUUCAUCUGGUUGAUACGUCGUCGUUGGGGAACACCAGGAGUGAUCCUGAGGAUGACGGGUAUACUGGGGAGGAUGCGAGGGUUAGUGUUGCAGGGUUGGUGGAUUUUUUCUCAGGGCUUCCAUUGCUUGAAGAGCUAGGUCUUUGUGUUUGCAAGAAUGUUAGAGAUACUGCUGUGGCUUUGGAAGCUCUUAAUUCUCGGUGUCCAAAGUUGAAAUUGCUAAAAUUACAACAAUUUCAUGGUAUUUGCAUGGCAGUGGAGUCGCAGCUUGAUGGGGUUGCACUGUGUUCGAGGCUGGAGUCAUUGUCCAUCAACAAGUCUGCAGAUUUGACAGACAUGGGCUUGAUAGAGAUUGCGAGAGGAUGUUGUAGAUUGGCAAAGUUUGAAGUUGAGGGAUGCAAGAAGAUUACUAUGAGGGGCAUCAGGACAAUGGCUUGUUUGCUUCACAAGACUCUUGUUGAGGUCAAGAUCUCUGCUUGUAAGAAUCUCAAUGCUGUUGCAUCUUUGCGAGCAUUGGAGCCUAUUCGCCAUCGAAUUGAGAGACUUCAUAUUGAUUGUAUGUGGGAUGCUCUGCAAGAAGAGGACAAUUAUGCUGCUACUUGUGGUUUCAACCUCAAUGAAGCCCUCUUUGGAAAUGCUGAACAUGAUUAUUCCAAGAGCAAUAAAAGAAUCAAGUAUUCUGCCGAUGCUUUGUAUUUGCAAAGCAAUAGAGAUGGAUUUUGGAGCAAGUCCUGGGAUAAACUCGUAUAUCUCUCUCUCUGGAUUGGUGUUGGCGAGCUUCUAACUCCUUUGCCAAUGGCUGGUCUUGAGGAUUGUCCUAAUUUGGAGGAGAUUCGUAUCCGGGUUGAAGGGGAUUGCAGAGGCCGGCACAAACCAUUACAGAGAGCAUUUGGAUUGUGCUGCCUUGCCCAAUAUCCCCGUCUGUCAAAGAUGCAGUUGGAUUGCAGCGACACAACAGGUUUCGCAUUAACUGCCCCGUCCGGACAAAUGGAUCUGAGCUUGUGGGAGAGAUUUUUCUUGAAUGGGAUAGGGAAUUUGAGUCUCAAUGAGCUUGAUUAUUGGCCACCACAAGACAAAGAUGUAAACCAAAGGAGUCUGUCCCUUCCAGGAGCUGGGUUGCUUGCAGAAUGUCUCACAUUGAGGAAGCUAUUUAUCCAUGGAACAGCUCAUGAGCAUUUCAUGAUGUUCCUUCUCCGAAUCCCAAACCUACGGGAUGUCCAACUUAGGGAAGACUACUAUCCGGCACCAGAGAACGAUAUGAGCACAGAAAUGAGAGUGGGUUCAUGCAGCCGGUUUGAAGAUGCCUUAAACAGCCGCCAUAUUCUCGACUGAAAUAUGAGAAUGAUCAAUACAAGAAAGAUUCAAUGGUUCCAUUGAAAUCCGAAAACUGAAGCUUUCAAGACAGUUUACACCAGAGCCGAAACACAUUGCAAAGCCUCUACAUAAGGAAAAAAAAAAAAAAAAACUCAGCGGAGCGUGUACUCGCAGUCGAGCAACCGGGAGAAUAUAUCUUCACAGCUUGGCCGUUCAUGCGGUUCUGCCCAACAAUCUCCGAAUCAAGACGAAAGCAAAGUCAGCAGUUAUAUACGAUAAAUAGCAUAUUAUAGCUCUCAUUGAUGUCAAAACAUACUAAGAAAUGAGUUAAUGAUCUUUCUUGAUCUCUGUUGCUACAGAUACCUGAAAUUAACCUGCCCAGUGGACCGUCAGUAAUCUCCAAACGGGUUCCCUCGUUAGCAACAGCAUAAACUACCUGAACAGCAAAGAACCAAAUGCCUUUAAGCUGGAUGUAUUUCAGAAAAUCUCCGAAAUGACCAGAGCAACAGUAUAUGGCUAAAAAAAGGGAUAAAAUCAUGUUACCCUUUCUGGUGGCACUCCUUCCCAUGGUCUAUUCAGUGUGCAAAGCUCCCACAUUAUUACCCCAAGGCUGAAAAUAUCACAUUUUUCAGUGAAGGGUUCAUUGCGAAUAAGUUCCGGAGCCAUCCAUUCUGGAGUUCCUGCAGAACAGGAGUCUCUCAUAGGCGUCUCCGUCAUUAUUCUUGAGAGCCCAAAAUCACAUAUCUUAACAGUCCAAUGUUUAUUCACAAGACAAUUUGCACUUUUCAGGUCUCGGUGAACUAUCUUCAUCCGAUGUAUGCACAUCAACCCCCUGGUUGUAAGCAGAAAAUUCAAGUCAGUACACAGCACAAUGGUGACUUCUAAAUAAACCUGACAAACCUGCUUAUGUAUCAGAUAACACUCAUAAUUUAAUCUACUGGUAAUUUGCAUUAGCACA